AUGGGAUGGUGUUAACUACCAAAAAUGCAAUAAAUGGAGGAUGAUUUCGCAGUAAUUUAAAGAAAUUCAGUACAUUCAAAACAGUCCUGAAAAAUUAAAUCAAAUAGAAGCAUAGAUUAAUUGUAUUAAAAGUCCAGCCGAAAAGGUAACAUAAACCUUUAAUCUACCUAGCUCAAUAAUUGAGUAAAUAGUAUAUUGCACACCUUAGAAAACAUAUAAAAAGAGUCUCCCAUGAUUUUUUUAUAUAAUUACAGUUAAUAUCAUUUUUUCAAUUAAAUCCUUAUGAGUCUUGCUUUAAAUAAUAUGGGCCUUCUUAUUGAAUUAAAAUUUCUAAUCAUAAUUAAUAUCAAAUACUUCUUGAAUAACCAAAAGAAUUAGAAUAAUUCAUGCUAUCAUUCCUUCUAAAUAAAAAUUACCCUCUGGAGAUAAUGGGAGACUUGGGAUAUCUGCUAUUCUCAUCAAAUUAUGAUAGGGAAUGUGGAUUUAUUCGUUAUUCUAUGUAUUNAAUACUUAAUAAUUAUUAGAAACUACAAGAGUCCAAAAAGAUUUAUAUGAUUCAAAUUUCAGAUCCAAUGCAAGCAAGAGAGAAGGCUAAUUGAAUUCGUUAAAGACUGCUUUAUAAAUUUUGAGAGACAACGAAUAAGCAUUGAAAAAAUGA